CCGAUUCACUCAUAAUAGCUUCCUGAGAUGCUAUCGAAUCUUUUUUUUUAUGAUACGAUAUCUUGCUGGUUAGAAGUUGUGCUUAAUACCUAAUACCUAAGUCUUGCGAAUGAUCGUUGACUUAUUGGAGAAUAAUAGUUAGAGGAUAUCGGUUGUCAAGAUCUGCAUACCUCAGUGAAGCUGUAUCCUUCGCGUGUUUACUCCCGUCUGAGGCUACAGAUUAGGCGAUAGCUGCUAUGGCCAACUUCGGGAACGGAGGUGCGCCUACCUCGCAGCCCCCUACUCCCGCAUUCGGGAGUAGCAGCGUUAAGAGCGGUGGCGUCUUCUCACCCACAACAUCACAAGCUCGUCCACAUACAAGUCUAUUCGGAACCAUCAAUAACCCGGAGGCUUGGCCGGUACCUGCAGGCGGGACUCUGUUUGGGACGCCGUCUCAACCGUUUUCUGGCUCUGGUAACCCGCGCGGGCUUGUAAUCGGAUCACCCGCUCCGGUCCCUGUCCCCGCUCAAGCACAAGUCCAUGUCCAAGGUCAACCCAAACAGUCAUCACCGCGUAUGAACAUGUUCGUCGGCCCCAGGCCGAGUCCACCGGUUGUGCCGAUUAUGCCAGCUGCACCCGCAGCCGCACCUCCACCUCCACCUGUACCGGUGUCCAGUUCCCCACCGAUAUCACGGACAAGCCAGACACCAGCAAGGAGUAAUAGUAAUCGGGCCUCUCCUUCUCGGGUCUCACCUACUAGAAACUCUCCUACUAGGGACACACCUGUUAGGAGUUCCUCUGCUAGAACCUCUCCUGCCCGAGGCAGUCAAACACCAUCUUCCACCUCAAGCCAGUCACCAACGAAAAGCCCAGCAACCAUGUUUGGACCUACAACGUCCUCAGGAUCAUCGCAGACGUCAGUGGAGCAAGAAGCAACCCCGCGACCACCUAAGUGUUAUAUGGACCUUAAAGGCGACCUAUGCUUAGAAGUUGGUCAUCUCUCGGCGGAGUUCAUAGUUUGCUCUAGGGCCAUGGCCAGGUCGUCUCCUUUCUGGAGGAAGUUAUUGUACGGAGAGUUUGCGGAGGGCAAGAGUGCUCAAUCGAAGGACGGGAAGACGGCGUGGGUCGUGAAGCUUCCCGAGGACAACUCGGCCGCGAUGGGCAUUAUUCUGAAUAUCAUCCAUAGCCGGUUCGAUCAGGUUUCUGGAUACGACGACUUUGUGUAUACUACGCAUCUCUAUAACCUGUGCGUCUUGACGGAUAAAUAUGACAUGACCCAUAUCCUGCGACCCUGGGCUAAGGGCUGGUCGCGGACCACACAUAUCCAGUGCGAAAAGCUCGGCCAAUCUCUGCGAUCGAAGUUCUGCCACGAACGGCUUUGGAUAGCGUGGGAGCUUGGCGACUUUGUUACUUUCGAUGCGAUGUCGAAGGCUUUGCUCCUGAAUUCGUCGAGCUCGGCGGGAAAUAACCUCCGCUAUGUGGGAGCGUUAGAACCGCCCGAGAUCUACGAGAGCAUACAAAAAGCGCGCUUAUCCAUGAUCAAGGCGCUUCUCAGCCGCCUCGACGCCAUAUUACAAGGCCUUGUCCAGCAAAACAAAUCGCUCUGUUCGCGGUACAAAGUCUCUUCCGAAAGAGGCGAAUGUCUAGCCUCGAUGCUAGGCACGACCAUCCAAUCUCUUCACGCCAACGGACUAUGGCCAAUACCGCAACCUGAGGCCGUCGAAUGUAGUGUGUGGGAUUUCGCGGCGAAACUCCAGGCGGUUCAGAUCGAGGGCGAUGCCGGAAUCUACCAUAAAUGCUCCCAGACAGUUGUUCUGAAGGCCGAAAUCGAGAAGACCCUAUACUCCAUUCCAGAACUUCUUUCCGAGAUACAUUGGCGCCAUCUCCAGAGCCAGGCCAGCAAGUCCGGAAUGCCUACUUUCGAAUUAAGAGCUCAUUAGUCAAGGCGCUCAUUCACUAGCUACCGCAUCUGGCAGGAAAGAGAAACA